AGACAAGAGAUGUUUGAUAGCAUUUAGUUUAAAUUUUUGGUGGAACAUAGAGACAUAUAGAAAGGAGAUGGGGCAGAAGGUUGGUUUAGAGGAUGUUGUGAGAUACUUUGAUGAAGAUGGUGAUGGAAAGGUUUCGCCUUUGGAGCUGAAGCAGGGGUUGGGAAUGAUGGGUGGUGAGGUUCUGUUGAGAGAGGCUGAGAUGGCAAUUGCAGCUUUGGAUUCUGAUGGAGAUGGGUUGCUGAGUUUGGAGGAUUUUGUUGCUCUAAUGGAAGGUGGAGGAGAGGAGCAGAAGUUGAAGGACUUGAAGGUGGCUUUUGAGAUGUAUGACAUUGAAGGCUGUGGCUUUAUAACUCCAAAGAGCUUGAAGAGGAUGCUUAAGAAGAUGGGUGAGUCCAAGACCCUUGAUGAUUGCAAAGCAAUGAUCAAACACUUUGAUUUGAAUGGGGAUGGCUUCCUCAGCUUUGAAGAAUUCAGAAUCAUGAUGCAGUGACCCAUAAACCUCACUCACCAGAUUUCAUUCAUUUUUUUGUACAUUAUGUAUGUGUAUUUCUCUUUAUGGUGUAUUCUAGUUUUCUAAUCUCUUCAUUAGUUGAGUCUGAAACGAAAUCUUUAACACCUAGUAAAUCAUAUUAAAUAAAGGGAUUUUAAAAGUUGUGUUAA